AUGACAGACGACAGGGUGGCGCGUGGGGAUGGGAACAAGAGAAAGAUUGAGGACUAUUCCAUUUUCCUUGGGAAGCUUGCAGAGUCGCAGAGCCCAGAGAGAGAGAUUAUACGGAUACGGACAGAGGGUUUGAGAAUCCAACACCCAAUAGAGGUCCUCGUGAUCGGCGAAGAACAGAUCCAUGGAAGACUGUUCCAGCUAGUCACAUGUCAAGGAAGGAACAAGGUGGGAGCAUGUUCAUGUGGUUUAUUUCACAGCCAAGGCAACACUAGUUGCUUCUCCAUGCCUGAUAAUCACAAAUCUUAUGAAGAAACAACCCACAUGUAUUCUUCCACGUCCUCGUUACCAUCAUCGGUUGAUUGUACACUAUCUCUUGGUACCCCAUCCACUCGUUUAAGCGAUCAAGAUGAUCACGAGAAGCAGAGAAAUCGCUGUAUUUCCAACUUCUGCUGGGACAUUUGGCAGUCCAAAAGUUCCUCAACCUAUCCACCAACUCACAAGACCAACAGCUGUAGAAGAAGCAACAAUGGUAGUAGCAGCAAUACUAGCAACUCAACCAAUGAUCCCCUCCUCGCUCGUCGAUGUACCAACUGUGACACCACCUCUACCCCUCUUUGGAGAAAUGGACCCAGAGGCCCAAAGUCAUUGUGCAAUGCGUGUGGGAUUCGGUUCAAGAAGGAAGAGAGGAGAGCGACGGCAGCAAAUGGGAGUGGAAGUGGAGAUGCAUCAGGAGUGAUGGAGCAGCAGCAACAACAGAGUUACAAUGCAUGGGUUCCUGAUCAGUCACAGCAGAGUUCACAGAAAAUGGCAUGCUAUUCUCAGGGAAAUGAAUUCAAGUUCAUAGAAGACAGUAGCCAUUUUGACUCAGCUGAUCAUCAUAAUAACACAGGCAUUCCAUACCUUUCUUGGCGACUCAACGUCACAGACAGACCAACAAGCCUUGUCCAUGACUUCACAAGAUGA